UAAAACUUUCACUUGGAAAUUCAACCAAAGGGAAAGGAGAGGUCUUCUUUUUAAUAUAGACAUCUUCCACAGCAAAUGGAAUAGAUUUUCAUUUUCAUCCAAGAUCCCAAAUUUCCCAUUUCAAGAGGUUCAUCAGUGAAACAGAAAACCCAAACUCACCGCCAAUCGCUGCCUUUUUUUCCUUUUCCCGGCAAAUUCCUCAUUUCUUCUUUCCACGUUGUGUUUCAAACUCCAGUAGUCGAUCACGAGUUUUCUCAAUUUUCCAUCUCUAUUAGAGCCCGGAUUUCAUUUUUUUAGGAAGUGGGUUUCUCGUGAUUUAUUGGUUUCUGAACUCCCCUUUUGCCUGAUCUUGCUUUCGCUAUUCAGAUUCUGUUUAUUCAGUUCUCUACCUUUUUCAUGGAAUAUUGGCAACUCAGGACCCAAUAAACAACACACAAGUUUUAAUUGUCACGCUGCUGCUCAUAUUAGUUGUGGAUAUACAGGUACAACUGUCAAUAGAAUGGGAGUCCUUUCACGAAGUAUGGUUAGUAGAAAACCAAAUGAGACAACAAGGCUUAUUAUAACAACUUUUCUUGGAGUAGCUUUUGGCUUCUUUAUAGGGGUAUCUUUUCCAACAUUGUCACUGUCUAAGCUGAAUAUCUCAUCCACCCUUAUCCCUUCCGUUGAUCUUUCAUACAUUGAUACCAGAAAAUUAAGCGUUUCUACUGAAAUGGCAUCCAAUUCUUGGUAUUCAAGAAAGUCUAGUAGUAACGAUGCAACUCAAGUGCAAAAUCUGAAUGGCACAUCAAAGAUUUGGAUCCCUUCAAAUCCCCAAGGUGCAGAAAGACUACCUUCAGGAAUUAUUGCAGCUGAGUCAGAUUUCUAUUUGCGCAGAUUGUGGGGUAACCCUAAUGAGGACUUGACCAGAACGCCAAAAUAUCUUGUAACGUUCACUGUUGGUUAUGAUCAGAAAAAAAAUAUCGAUGCAAAUGUUAAAAAGUUUUCAGAGAACUUCACAGUCCUUCUAUUCCAUUAUGAUGGGCGGGUUAGUGAAUGGGAUGAAUUUGAGUGGUCCAAGCAGGCAAUUCAUGUGAGUGUUCGUAAACAAACGAAGUGGUGGUACGCCAAGCGAUUUCUGCAUCCUGAUAUUGUUGCGCCAUAUGACUACAUAUUUAUCUGGGAUGAGGACCUGGGAGUUGAGCAUUUUAACGCAGAAGAGUAUAUAAAACUAGUGAAGAAGCAUGGCUUGGAGAUUUCACAGCCCGGUUUAGAACCUAACAAAGGUUUAACCUGGCAGAUGACAAAGAGAAGAGGUGAUCAGGAAGUUCACAAAAUAACAGAAGAGAAACCAGGCUGGUGCACUGACCCACACCUACCACCCUGUGCAGCUUUUGUUGAGAUCAUGGCUCCCGUGUUUUCACGAAAUGCAUGGCGCUGUGUGUGGCAUAUGAUUCAGAAUGACUUGGUCCAUGGAUGGGGUCUUGACUUUGCCCUUAGAAAAUGUGUAGAGCCUGCUCAUGAGAAGAUAGGAGUUGUAGAUUCUCAGUGGAUUAUUCAUCAAACUGUUCCCUCACUUGGCAACCAGGGUGAGUCGCAAAACGGGAAGGCACCAUGGCAAGGGGUGAGGGAGAGGUGCAGGAAGGAGUGGACUAUGUUCCAAAACCGGAUGACAAACGCGGAAGAUGCAUAUUUUAGAUCAAAGGCAAUUGAAUCUUCCAAUUCCACGGCUCAUUAGAGGAACAGCAAGCACAGAAGCUGAGUGUACACAACCAUCUCUACUUCACAUAACAUCUGUAGACUGUAAUCAAAACAGUUACUUAUUUACUAAUUGCAGGUUUUCACCUCUGAACCAUAAUGCAUCCUAAAACCCAUUUUCCUUUUUUUUCCCCUUUGUAAAUUAUUUUUGUUCUGUUCCCUCAUUUCUUCAUCUUAAUCUUGUGUUUUCAAAUAAUUUUUUCAUGGUUGUUUCUUGAUGUAAGUUAGUAUUUUUCUUGUCA